AUGGAUAGACUCCAUUCGGAUCCUAGGUUUUCAGUUUGCCCCGACUUCAUGUCCGAAAGGUAUCGAGUCAGUCGGAUCAGCAUGGUGACUGCCAACGUCACCGAAGCCCAGGCUGCUGACACCCUUCGCAACAUAUGGGUGACCACCAACGAAGACUUGUGUUUACAAUGGCAACAACAACUUGCCGAAGACGACAGACUGAAAGCAGAGAAGCAGUGCUUAGACAAAGAAGACCAGGAACGUCAACAAGCAGCUUUGCAACUUGAAGAAGCUACAGCGCGCGCGGAUGAAAAGAAGAAAAACCGUCUAAAACACAUUCCAAUACCCAUGCGCCCGCGUCCCUUCGCCAAUGACGAAGAAGCUUUAAUUUCAGAGUUUGCAAUACGCAAACUGGACAAAGGUCAGUAUAUAGAACUGUACUACUGGACGAACCAUGGACUCGAUGAUGCAAUGGUCAACUACCGCACUCGUGAUGACGAUAGCUUAGUUCCUACCACCGGCGAAGACGGUUCCACAGUUUGGAUAAGCUCUGCAUCCUCUAAACCAGCAUCAGGCGUCAUAGUGGAUAGACACUUAUCCCCAGCAGAUUUCGCACAAGCUAUUCCUCGCAUAGUUGCGGCUCUAGAAGAGCGUGACUGGCCUCAACAACGUGUGCUGAUGCUCGCCCAAUUCUGGGGAGCCAUCAUGCUACAUCGUUACUAA